AGCGCCGUAACCUGCGCGGGCGCAGUUAUACAUCAGUCCACCGAAGUAUCGCAAGCCUCCUUCAGUCUCCUUCCGCCCGCCGCCGGUCUUUUUGCGCUGCAGAGUAGAGCCGUCUUUUUAUCGCAGGGAGGAACAUGUCGUCGUGCGGGCUGUGGAAUGAGAGCCUGGCCAUAGCCGAGGACUACAUUGGCCUGUGUCUCACAGCAGACCCCAGUGAGGCCCCUCUCCCUCCCAGCGAGGCGGCUGCCACCAUGAGGCGCAUGGGCCGGCACGCCGAGUCACUCUAUGAGGCCACCUUCCAGAACCUGGUGCAGACCUUCGUCCGGGGGUGCUGGCCAGACCUGUGCUCUGGUCUCAGGAGGGUGAUGCAAGAGAUGGUGAGCGAUGGAUUCCUGAACUGGGGUAGAGUGGUGUCUGUCUUCGCCUUCACGGGAGUGCUAGCCAGGAGGCUGCUGGAGGACAAUGAGGAGGAGGAGACCACCACCACCACCACCAAGUUGAGGCUGGACCUCAGCGAUUGGCCCCAAAUCUGCAGGAAGCUGGCAGAGACCAUCGCUGACUUCCUGAUCGAGGAAAAGAAGGAGUGGAUGCUGGAGAACAAUGGCUGGGAGGGUUUCUGCAAGUGGUGCAGCAGCAGUAGCAGCAGACAGUCCAGUCAGGAUGCAUAUCUUAAGACGGCGCUGUUGGCUGCGGCCGGCGUGGGCCUCGCCGGACUCACCUUCCUGCUCGCCCGCUAAACUCAUUGACAUUUCACUCAGUCUUUUCCCUGUUGUCACAACAUUUCUUUUUCUGUCAUCUCUUAACAUCAAUGCUGUGCAAUCAGGCAGUCGAAUGUUACAACUCUCUGUGUCUCUCUUUCUCUCGCUCUCUCUGUCUCACACACUCACACAGGCGUUGAUCUCUUGCUCUAUGCGAUUGUACAACUGAUCUGGAUGCCUCCUUGACACAGCGUUGAAGCCAGUGACUGGAAACACUUUGGUCAGUCAAGACUGCCUUGUCUCUGCGACAACGUGGAAAUUAAUAUAUUAUAUUUAUAUCAAAUGAAUCCCUUUUUCUAGACUGACUUUGCGUUCUUUUGGCUUGUUUUGGAAUGCGUGUGAUUGUUCGAGUGCAAUUGUGUGUGUUUGUGUCAAGCCCGGUCAGCAGGGCUGGCAUGGCCAUUUCAUGAUGGUGCUAUUUGUUUGUGAAAUGUUAUCUUUUUAUCAAUGUCUUUUUUUUUUUUUUUUAUCUUAAUGCCAGGGACCAAUGACAUUUGAGAACAAGCACCCAACAACCUAUUUUUACAUUGUUUUGGUUGUAUUUAUUUGUCACCUUUUUUUGUAAUAAAAAGUCAACCUACAGUUUU